UAAGGACCAGGGAGUCGGCAGAGACAGAGAGCAGUUAGACACACCUGUUGAAGUGGAGCGGGUGACCGGAAACAAAAGAAAAUAUUUGACGGGCAGAGUGGACUUUCAAGGUGUGUGGGUCGAGGCAAGGAUCUGAAAAUGGCGUUUGAUGAAAUAAAGUCCACGGCUGCGCUGAUCUAUGAUGAGUUCCUUCAAAAUGCAGAUUCCAGGACAGAGAACUGGUUCCUUAUGCCAUCUCCUGUCCCCCAAACGAUCAUUAUUGCGGUAUACAUCUACUUUGUGACUUCACUGGGGCCCAGAAUAAUGGAGAACCGCAAAGCCCUCGACCUCAGAAAAGUCCUCAUCGUGUACAACUUCAGCGUGGUGGCUCUCUCACUCUAUAUGUGUUAUGAGUUUGUGAUGUCAGGCUGGGGAACGGGAUACUCAUUUCAAUGUGACCUGCUUGACACUUCUGAGUCACCACAAGCUAUGAGGAUGGCAGCAACGUGCUGGCUUUACUACUUUUCAAAGUUUAUUGAAAUGUUGGACACUAUCUUCUUUGUCUUAAGGAAGAAGAACAGCCAGGUGACAUUUCUUCAUGUCUAUCAUCACUCCAUUAUGCCCUUCACCUGGUGGUUUGGUGUCCGUUUUUCACCAGGUGGAAUGGGAACAUUCCAUGCCCUGCUGAACUGUAUUGUCCACGUGAUCAUGUACACAUACUAUGGGCUGACUGCCAUGGGCCCCAAAUACCAAAAGUAUCUGUGGUGGAAGAAGCACCUCACGUCUGUCCAGCUGAUCCAGUUUGUCAUGGUGACCAGCCACAUCUCCCAGUAUUUCUACUUGAAGGACUGCCCCUACCAGUUCCCCAUCUUCAUUUACAUUAUCUUCCUGUACGGCCUGAUUUUCCUGCUGCUCUUCCUCAACUUCUGGUACCACGCCUACACGAAGGGCAAGAGGCUGCCGAAGGUGUUGCAAGCUCAGACAUGGUCACACCAUACAAACGGGGUCAUGAAUGGGAACGCCAAUCAUGAUAAGGACGAGUGAAGCAUGAUUAUUGGUUUAGUGGCUUUGGGGUCGUUUAUGCACAAAAGCCAUUGUUGUAGCCUGGAAUUCAAUGCUUUGGUCUGCCGGACAAGUUCCUUUUUCUACUCGCAACUGUAAGACAAUCCUCAUGACCAAAGGUUACAUUUAUUCUGUUAAAUUAACAAACAGGUUUUAACUAUCCCCCUUUUUUUUGUUUACUAAAGUUAUAGCGCAAAUAUGUACAUUUUUAAUACCCCUUGUUAAUUCAGUCUUUAGAACACAGGCUAUAUAGCAUUACCUGUGAAAAUAUUGCCAGGCUUUAAAAGGAAAUAAGGGACAGUGGUGCUGUGCUUCAAAUCAUUUUUACUUUUGUGACUUGAUCGUUCUUCUCAAACUUUAAGAGUCUUUUUUUUUUUUUUUUUUUUUUUUAAGUGGUAUACUUCCGUUUAUUUCAUCAGCCCCAAAAUAUCUGAGUUAGUUUUAUGUUCUACAGUUUCAAAGCUCUGCCUUUAUGACCAUAGUUGACCAUCCGCAUGCAAACCGGUGACUGUUUACGGUUGACGGACCUCUCCAUGCUGAUCACAGCUGCUGCUGAUUGAACAGAUGAGCACUGAAGAGCACCUUUUUCUGUACUGCAGGAUCAUUUUUUUGCUUUUAUUAACUCUAAGAAGCAUUGGUGCGGCACAGAUGCAAGAGGACCUGACGGAUCACUGUUGUUCUUGUGGGAUCCACAGCAGACUUUCAGUUUACUGAGGCAUAUUGCAAUACAACACUUGCAGGAAACUCAACAGUUUAAAUAUGAGCUGCAGUUUCCUGCAUUUUGGUGGUGUGCUAAUGAAGUCUUCAGAUUACCCAGGCCAGUGUUUUUGACUCUGGACUGUUUACAUCUGACAUGAUCUUUACCAAAGAAAUGAAUGUAAAUUUCUUCUGCCAGUAAUGGAGAACACAAGAUUCAACUUUCUAGGAUAGGUUCACUUUUGUUUUUGUUUUUUUCUUCUCCCAUUUAUUUCUACCUACAAACCCACAUUAACUCGGUUCACAGAUGUUUAAUGCUUACAAAUGUGAAUAAAUGUUUUGUUUUCUAAUUUGUUAAUCUUAUACCAUAAAGAAAUGUUUAUAUUGU